GUCGAAUCCAAGCCUGGCUAAGCCAAUUCUACUUCACAACGAAAGUAAACGAAAGUCAUGGCUCAAGCGGACGCUCAAAACGAAGCCGUGCUGGUGGAGCGGGUUUUCCUCCGCUUUGUGACAGCCGAGACCGAUGAGCAGUUUGAGUCUGUGCUGUCCAAGUUCCUGCUUCCUGUCUUGGGAAAGCUGAGCAGCCCCCAUGAGAGCGUCCGCAAGAAGGUGAUGGAGUUGCUGGUGCACGUGAACAAGCGGCUUAAGUCGCGCCCACAGGUGCAGCUGCCCGUAGAGGCCCUGCUGACUCAUUAUGGAGCUUCUGCUGGUGGCCAGCAGUCCUCAUUCUUUGUCAACUUUGCCCUGGUGUACCUGCGCAUGGGCUUUCCCCGCCUGCCCCCAUGCCAGCAGGUGGAACUGCUGCCCCGCCUCAUGGAGUGCCUCACACCCAACAGGCCCCAGCAGCACCAGGAUGAGCUCAUGCAGCUGGCCUUGGGUGCGAUCCCGCACGUGGUGUCCGUCCACCGUGCAGCAGGUGGCAAGGGCACGGCCCUUCCCCCUCCCUCAGGGCAGGGGGAGGCCUGGGCCCUGCUACGUGACCGGCUGCUGGACCUGCUGCUGCUGCCGUAUGCUGCCUCAGCUGGAGGGGAAGGCAGCACUGUGCCCCCGGGGCUCAGUGCAGCUGCCCUGUCUCGCCUGCUGGGUCCGUCCCCUGGUCCCAACCCGGAAGAGCUAGAGCAGCGCAAGAUGGCCGCCCUGCAGCUGCUGGCUGAGGGGGGACUCUAUCCUGAGCGCUCUGUCGUACUCCACCUCCUCAUUGCUGCAGCUGAUACACGACACAGUGUUGCCAGUGCAGCCGAAUUGAAGAUGAAGACGCUGUCAACUGCCAUUGACUGGAAUGAUGAAGCCUUGGUGAAGGGUCUCUAUAACGUGUACCUCGGAAGCUGUGUUCCCACUGGCUCCUCUGCUCUGAGCUCGGACCAGCGCCGCACACCUGCUGACACCCGGCUCCGGCUCAAAAUCCUGCCGUGCCUGACCAAGUCGAGCCGAGCUGCUUCCAUGCUGCCCCUUGCACUAAUGGUCAUAUUCGACACGCUCAGCAACCCCAGCAACACCAAUGCCAAACUGAAGGGCUUGGCGCUGGAGUUUGUCCAGGCUGUUUGCAACAACAACCCUGAAGACAAGCUGGGCAUGGUGGGACGCCAGCUGAUGGCAACUCUGCUGCAGUUGGCACUGCCUGCCCAGGAGACGGAGACCCGUCUGCGAGUGCUGGCAUGUUCUGCCAUUGGCCACCUGAGCCGCAAGCUGCCCCGCCUGGUGGCCACUAACCUGGGCCUCGUGCAGACGCUCUUUGAUGGGCUAGCCAAGGAGGAAAGCAGUGAGGGUCGUAUGGCCCUGCAGGAGGCACUGCUGGCCGUGGCCCCAGCGUUUGCUGCCUCGGCCGAUGAUGCCACCCGGCCGCUGCUGCUGGCCCUGGUGUCGACACACGCAGCCUCGCCGAGUCCCACUGCACGCCGCGCAGCCCUGGGCUAUGCGGCCACCGUGUUCCCGGCCGACAGUGCACCUGCUCGUUACCUGCUGCUGAUGGCCGCCGGGGACAGCCAAGAGGAGAUCCGGCGGGAGGCACUCAAGGCGCUCUACCCAGCUGAGGGUGGGGCCAGCAUGGCAUUCCCACCAUUCCCCGACAUGCUGCAGCUGGUCAGCAGCAAGGCGGGUGUGACAUCAUCUGGCCUUCCUCAUGUUUCAAGUCUUCCCUGGAGUCGACUGCAGUACUCAGAGGUGCUGCGAUACCUGCGCCGGUGCCUACAUGCAAGUGCGGGUGUGACCGAGGCACCCGACGAGCGGUCAGUUCGGGAGCCUGCGGGAGCACCCCGUGUCUCUCGUUACCUGCGCUCACUGGCCACUCAGGGGAGCAGUGGACCGGAGCUGUACGCACAGCUGCUUGUGCGAUUCCUGCCUCUGGCCACAGACGAAGGCCCCCUGGUGUCCCUGGUGGAGCUGGUUGCAUCGGCAGCACCGAACCAGGCUGCCAACCUUCUGGAAGCAGAGAGGGGUGCCCUCAAGGGCCUGCUGUCGUCGGGCAGGGAAGCAGUGCGGGAGUGUGCUGCUCAACUGGUGGGCCUGCUGAUGGCCUCACACCCUCCAGACAGCUUCCGUGCAGACCUGCAGGCACUCUGUGCAGACAUCAGGAGUGAGGGUCCAUCGGAGGUGAAGCAGUCGUCACUGCUGGUGGUGGCGCACACCCUCUGCCGUCGCUACCGGGCAGGCCUGGGCCUCGAGGGAGCUGUCGAGGCUGUCACUCUGCUGGCCGACACGUUUUUGCAAGCCCAGAGCACGAGCUCGUGGCCACUGGUGCUGCCCUCGUGUGUGGCCCUGGGACAGCUGGGUGCUGCACUAGCACUGCCCUUGCCCCCAGGUCAGGUGCAAAGUGGGCCGCCAGCCACACUCGGUGCACUGGUGCAUGCCCUGACCUCCCUGCUGCACAAUGCCAAGGCACCUGCCAAGUGUCGGGAGGAAGCAGCUCGCACCUUGGGCCUGCUGUGUCUGGGACAGCCGGACUUUCCACAUGUGCAUGAUGUGCUCAAAGGGCUGCUCGAGUCUGGCUUAGUUGAGAGUGCGGACGUGGAAGUGCACUUCACCGUGGGUGAGUCCCUGUGCUGUGCUCUGCUGGGCAUGACAUCACCACUCUGCCGGGACCCAUGGACCACCGAAGAGACAGAAUACCAGCCACCUGAGGGAGCAACGGCUAACCUGUCUGAGAUGGAGUGGCUAGUGUCUCAGCUGCUGGACACGUACCUGUGCCACGCACGACCAGGUGCACGCCAGGCGGCAUGUGUGUGGACCCUGAGCCUGCUGAAGCGCUGCAGCCAGCAGGGUCCGGUGCUGUCACAGCUGCAGCGCAUGCAGGCAGCCUUGCUCAAUCUGUUGGCUGACCGCAGUGACCUCACGCAGAGUGUGGCCUCCAAGUGCCUGAGCCUGCUGUAUGAGCUGAGCGACCAGGCAAGCCGUGAGCAGCUUGUGACCCAACUGCUGGACACUCUCACCUCAGGCCGCAAGUCCACCGUGGCAGUAACCGAGGACACCCGGCUCUUUGACGAAGGCACGCUAGGGAGCACGCCUACGGGAGGCAGCCUGACCACGUACCGAGAGCUGUGCUCCCUGGCGACAGACCUGAACCAGCCAGACCUCAUGUACAAGUUCAUGCACCUCGCCAACCACCAUGCACUUUGGAACUCCAAAAAGGGGGCGGCAUUUGGAUUUGGCAGCAUUGCUGACAAGGCUGGGGAGCAGCUCAAGGAGCACCUCGGUACCAUAGUGCCCAAGCUGUACCGGUACCGGUACGACCCAAACCCAGGUGUCAGGGCCUCAUUUGGCUCCAUAUGGGCCGCCCUCGUGAAGGACCCAAUCCGCACGGUUGACCGGUACUUCAAGGAGAUCAUGGUAGAUGUCAUGCAUCACCUGACAAGCAACGAGUGGCGCGUACGUGAAUCCAGCUGCCUGGCCUUGUCAGAUCUGUUGAGUGGCCGGAACUUGGACGAUGUGCUUGACUCUGUGGCAGACCUCUGGGACAAUCUGUUUCGUGUUCGGGAUGACAUAAAGGAGUCUGUUCGGAAAGCAAGCGAGUCUGCCCUGAGAGCAUUGACCAAGGCCUGUGUGCGGACGUGCGACGCUCAGGCAAGCGGCCGGGAGCGUGCCCUGGGAGUGAUACUUCCCAGCGUGGCAAAGGGUCUGUCUAGCACCGUGGCCGAAGUGCGGCACACCAGCCUGGACACCCUGGUGCAGUUGAGUCGCAGCGCCGGGCCUGCACUGAGGCCGCACCUGCCACUCCUGUUCUCUGCACUGUUAGAUGCCCUCACUGAGCUGGAGUCACCUGUGCUGAACCAGCUGAGCGUGCGCGCUGACGCCGAUGCUCGGGACCGGCUGGAUGCAGCCAGGGUUGCUGCGUCCCGAACAUCGCCAGCCAUGGAGACCAUCAACUACUGUGUGCAGUUUGUGGAUGCCUCGGUGCUGUCGGAGCUGGUGCCCCGCCUGGUGGAGCAGAGCAAGUCUGCAGUGGGGUUGGGCACCAAGGCUGGCUGCUGCCACUUGGCCACCAGCCUGGCCCACCAGUGCCCCCUGGAGCUGCAGCCAUUCACCGGCAAGCUUCUGCGUGCCUUUGUGCAUGGCCUGAGUGACCGGAAUGCCACUGUGCGACGCUGCUGUGCUACAACUGUUGGUCACUUGACAAAGGUGGCCAAGGAGAGUGAUGUGGACCGGCUGCUCACCAAGCUGCAGACGUGGUACAUGGAAGGAGAUGAUGAAGCAGUGCAGUGGGCGUGUGCGCACACAAUGCAGGCAGUGGCACGACAUGCACCCGAUCGGUUGCGAGCACACGCGACAGGUGCCCUGCCACUCGCCUUCUUCGCCAAGCAUGCCACACCCCCAGAGGGCAAGGCACCUGACGAGUCUCCAUCUGCUGUGUGGGACGAGAUCUGGGUGGAGUUCACCGCAGGAGCCGAGUCUGGUUUGCGCCUCUACCUGAGCGAGCUGUUAGCGCUGGUCAACCAGGCGCUGGGCUGUGCCGUCUGGUCCCUGCGACGACAGGGUGCGGCUGUGACCUGCUCCGUGGCACGCACCCUCGGAGCCGCGCUCGAGUGGGGCCAAGCCGAGACCCUGAUCCGGUCUCUGCUGGCUGCGCUGCCAGGACGCACCUGGCAGGGAAAGGAAUCCCUCCUGGAGGCCUUAUCCAUUGUCUGCAGCAAGUGCAUUGCAGGACCGCAGGUGGACGGUGGCCGGCCACCGGCACAGCAGGCCCUGCUCAAUGAGGUAUCAGAGGCCCUCCUGCGAGAGUGUCGCCGUGACAACCGAGUGUACCGGGAGCGGGCCGUCUGUUACCUGGCUCAACUGCUAGAUGCCCAACAGCUGGAUCGGUUCGGACCCUUGUUGGACAUCCUCGAGGGACCACUGCUCAAGUGUGCUGCCAGCCGAGGCGGCAACAGCGAAGGUGGUGCCGCUGAGGACGAGGAUGGUGAGGAGACCUGGGACCUGGAGUCUCAGCUGCAGUUCCAGGAGGCGGCCUUUGAGGCCCUGGGUCAGGCCUGGCCCCAGCAGGCACCCGCCACACAGGAGAAGUACCGAGCCCGGCUGUGUGAUCUUCUGCUGAGCAGCUUUUCGGGAGGCACGUGGAAGGUGCAGCUGGUGAUCAUCAAGGCUUUGCACACAUUUGUUCUCAGGCUUUCAUGGCCAGCGCAGGCAUCUGAGGAGGUGGCGUCCAUGGCUAACGGUAUUGUCCAAGUGGCCUGUGAGGCUUUGGAAAUGACAAAGUACUCCAGCCUUUGUCUUGAAGCCCUCAAGCUGCUGAAGACCUUUGUGGAGCGAAUACAAGACACUCAGACAUCCUGGAUUGUGGGGCCAUCUUCUGAGAAGCUGCAGCGCACGAUAUCAGCAGUGGCUGCUCGAGACAACAUUGAACUCAAGAACUUGGCCCAGGAAGUGGCUGACAUCCUGGCUACAUUUACAUGAUGCCAUAAGGACAGCGAUAGGAGACAUGCAAAAUAAAGUUUGUCUACUCUAC